GAGAGAGGGAGAUCCAGGUUCUUCAGACGCAGGGAGAAAGCCCAAGAGGCGUGAAAGAGAGAGAACACACCUCCUUGUGUGUUGAGGCAAAACCUUCCUCGCCUGCAGAACUGGCGUGCAGGCUCUUGAGAAGAGGAGGAGAUGGCUUUCAGAAGGAAACUCCGCUUCAGACUGAAGAGCAAGGUGAACAAUGCCUUGUCCCAAUUAAUGGAUUCUGACAUGGAUUAUGAAAGGCCAAACGUAGAAACCAUCAAGUGUGUUGUGGUUGGGGACAACGCCGUAGGCAAGACCAGGCUCAUUUGUGCCCGUGCAUGUAAUGCCACGCUGACACAGUACCAGCUUCUUGCCACGCAUGUGCCCACCGUUUGGGCCAUCGAUCAGUAUCGCGUUUGCCAGGAGGUCUUGGAGCGCUCCCGAGAUGUCGUGGAUGACGUCAGUGUUUCCUUGCGCCUUUGGGAUACAUUUGGGGACCAUCACAAGGACCGGCGCUUUGCUUAUGGACGGUCGGACGUGGUAGUAUUAUGCUUCUCCAUUGCAAACCCCAAUUCCCUUCACCACGUGAAGACAAUGUGGUACCCGGAAAUCAAGCACUUCUGCCCCCGAGCCCCUGUCAUCCUCGUCGGCUGCCAGCUUGACCUUCGCUACGCUGACCUGGAAGCAGUAAAUCGAGCUCGGAGACCCUUAGCCAGGCCAAUCAAGCCCAAUGAGAUUUUGCCCCCCGAGAAGGGCCGAGAGGUGGCCAAGGAACUGGGGAUCCCCUAUUACGAAACCAGUGUCGUCGCCCAGUUCGGGAUCAAGGACGUCUUUGACAACGCGAUCCGAGCGGCCCUCAUCUCCCGCCGGCACCUCCAGUUCUGGAAGUCCCACCUGCGCAACGUCCAGCGGCCGCUGCUCCAGGCGCCGUUCCUGCCCCCCAAGCCCCCUCCGCCCAUCAUCACCGUCCCCGACCCGCCUUCCAACAACGAAGAGCGCCCGGCCCACCUGCUGGAAGACCCCUUGUGUGCGGACGUCAUUCUGGUGCUGCAAGAGAGGGUCAAAAUCUACGCGCACAAGAUCUACCUCUCCACCUCCUCCUCCAAGUUCUACGACCUGUUCCUGAUGGACCUGAGCGAGGAGGACCAGCAGGAGCCGCCGGGGCGCGGCGCCGGGGCGGGUGUUGCCGAGCGGACUCUCCACCAGGAGCAGCGGCACCAUCACGGCCGGGAGUUCCUCCUGAGAGCGGCCAGCUUUGACAUCUGCGAGAGCGUGGACGAGGCUGGCUCCAGCCAGCACAAACCGUGCCUUAGAGCCUCCACCAGCGACGGGAUCCUGCGGGGCAAGAACUACGGGGAGCGGGGGCUCCGGCGGGGGAGGAUCCUCUCCUCCUGGAGCCGUGCCUUUGUCAGCAUCCAGGAGGAGAUGGCCGACGACCCCGUGACGUACAAGCCCCGCCCGAUGGUGGUGGUGAAGAUGGACCCCUCCGUCCAGUUGGGGCCCUUCCGGGCCGUGCUGAAGUACCUCUACACCGGGGAGCUGGACGAGAACGAGCGGGACCUCAUGCACAUCGCCCACAUUGCCGAGCUGCUGGAAGUCUUUGACCUCAGGAUGAUGGUGGCCAACAUUCUCAACAACGAGGCGUUCAUGAACCAGGAGAUCACCAAAGCCUUCCACGUCAGGAGAACCAACCGGGUUAAGGAGUGCCUGGCCAAGGGAACCUUUUCUGAUGUCACCUUUAUCCUGGAUGAUGGUGCUAUCAGUGCCCACAAGCCGUUGCUCAUCUCCAGUUGUGAUUGGAUGGCUGCCAUGUUUGGGGGUCCCUUUGUAGAGAGCUCAACUCAAGAGGUGGUGCUACCUUACACCAGCAAGAGCUGCAUGCGGGCGGUGCUCGAGUACCUGUACACCGGCCAGUUUUGUUCCACGAUGGACCUCGACUACAUGAAACUCAUCAUUCUGGCCAAUCGCCUCUGCCUGCCACACCUGGUUGCGCUCACAGAGCAGUUCACGGUGUGCGGUCUGAUGGAAGUGACUCCAAUGUUAGUGGACAUUGAUGGGGACGUCCUUGUGUUCCUGGAGUUGGCACAGUUCCAUGGUGCCUACCAGCUUGCCGACUGGUGCCUCCAUCACAUCUGCACCAACUACAACAACAUCUGUCGCAAGUUCCCUCGUGAGAUGAAAGCCAUGUCAGCAGAGAACCAAGACUACUUUGAGAAGCACCGGUGGCCCCCCGUCUGGUACCUGAAGGAAGAGGACCAUUUCCAGCGAGCCAAGAAAGAGCGGGAGAAGGAAGACUACCUCCACCAAAAACGGCAACCCAAGCGGAGGUGGCUGUUCUGGAACGCCUCCUCCCCAUCCCAGUCCCCUUCUUCGUCGACGGCCACCGCUUCAUCAUCCUCUUCCUCCUCCUCCUCCGCCGUGGUCUGAGGGAUUCGCUGUCCCACGCUUCCGUCUCUCUUAUCAGGAGAGAGUCAGCCACCACCCAGAGCCAACCUCUGGUCCAGCCGGCUCGAAGGGAGGAGAGAGAGGAGAGGAGAAGGGAGAACGGCACCAUCAGCGGAGACCCUCAGUGGAAACGAAUGAGCAUGAACACCCCUGGGAGGCUGAGGCGAAUCCGCACAGACGCAGCUCGGAGCCGGAGCAUCCUCCAUCCUCACGCAGAGCGGCCCCGAUCCCCGCCCCAGCCAGCCGGUCAGCCAGCCGGUCAGCCAGCCAGGCUUGGUGCCCAUUGCCCAGACAGAACGGCAGCCGGGACGAUUUCCUUCCCAGUGGGCUCGCUUACCUAGCAGGACAGUCUUCAUGUUUACAGGAAUGCAAGAGGAAUGCAAAAAUAAAGAACAGGAAAGAGAUAAAAACAAGUCUGCUGCGAGGAAAUGCAGUGUUUUUAAGUUAUUAUUUCUCUGAGAAAGGCAAAAAAAAAGUUAUUUGGUGCCUCGCGUUUGUCCACUUGCCGUGCCGUAACAUUUCAAGGUAAAGGUAAAGGUUUUCCGCUGACAUUAAGGCCAGUCGUGCCCGACUCUGGGGGUUGGCGCUCAUCUCCAUUUCUAAGACAAAGAGCCGGCGUUGUCCGUAGACACCUCCAAGGACAUGUGGCCAUUGGCAGGACUGCAUGGAGCCCCCGAUGGCAGCGUGGGUUAAAGUGCUGAGCUGCUGAACUUGUUGACCACAAGGUCGCAGGUUUGAAUCCAGGGAGCGGCGGAUUGUUUAUCUCUCGCUGUAGUGCUUAGUUGCGUGAACAGGUUUACUGCUCUUGCACUGAGCUUUGAGUGACAUCCUUUAGCAUUUUCUGUCAGAAACUCGGCAAUAAUAAUAAUAAUAAUAAUAAUAAUAAUGGUAAAAACUUUAUUUGUAUAACGCUCUGUCUCCCCGAGGGAGGGGGACUCAGGGCGGUUUCCAAGUAACAUCACCAAAACAUACGGAGUAAAGAGCACGACAUAAAAUUAACCAAACAACAUAAGCAUAAAAUUAUCACAAGUGAGGUUUAUAUAUCUGUGGAAUGAUGUCCAGGUUGGGAGAAAGAAAGAUCUCUUGCCUUCUUGAGGCAGGUGUGAAUGUUGCAAUUGGCUACCUUGAUUAGCAGUGAAUGGCCUUGCAGCUUCACAGCCUGGCCGCUCCCUGCAUGGAGGUGUUAGCUGGCCCUGAUUGUUUCUUCACUGGAAUACAGAGGUGUUCGCUGGUAAAUGGAGCCCCCAGUGGCGCGGUGGGAUAAACCACUGAGCUGCUGAACUGGCUGACCGAAAGGUCGGCGAUUUGAAUCCAGGGAAUGGGGUGAGCUCCUGCUAUUAGCUCCAGCUUCUGCCAACCUAGCAGUUCAAAAACAUGCAAACGCGAGUAGAUCAAUAGGUACCACUUCUGCGGGAAGGUAAUGGCGCUCCAUGCAGUCAGGCCAGUGGCCACGUGACCUUGGAGGUGUCUACGGACAACGCCGGCUCUUCAGCUAAGAAAUGGAGAUGAGCACCAGAGUCCCAGAGUCGGACGCGACUGGACUUAAUGUCAGGGGAAAACCUUUAACAUUUCAAGCUGCUGUAGAUGCUGUGCCCCGAAUCUGUCCCCCAAAUCCCUCUUGUUGACUAGGUGGCCAUCUUUUUUUGUUUUUUUAGUUGCACUCAUCACCCCGAUGCUUAUCUUUAGGAUGUUUGCUUCCAGGCUGGGCACAUAUCCCGACAACAGCCAAAGGCAACGAAACCUCCUUUGCUAAGGCCAAGCCCUGGAAGAAGAAGACCCUGGUUGAUAGGGAACCGGAUUCUGUGCCGGGAAGGGGGGGGGGUCACCUGCAGCCGAAAGAGCCCUGGAAGGGGAAAGACGGCAGCCGACCCAGGCUGAGAAAAAUGCUGCCUCGCCUCUUCUUGCUGCAUUGUGUUUUUUAAAUAAAAACUUUGUUAGGAGCUUGCGAAACAAUCGAAAACAACAGCCAGUCGGUGACGGCAAGGAUCUUUUGGCCUGUUUUGGCCGAGAUGUUUGGGAGUGUAGUGCUAGGAAAUCCCAAGGUGUUGACACUCUUGUUGUUUUUUAAAAAAAUAAAUAAAAACAAACCAAUACAUAAACAACUUGGAUUUUAACGUGGAAGGUUCUGUUGUAAUAAAUGGUAUUUUAAAAAGA